GCGCAUGCGUUAGGUAUUGCGUGGCUUUGUUUUAGGACGGAAUGCGUGACGUCACGUCCCAUUGAGAAAGACGGGAGAGAGCGACGCAUGGCCAGACUAGAGCACGUUUUCAAGCGGGGUUUGGUCACGGAAAGUGACCACUGGAGCUCGACAUGGUUGGGAGCAAUUUCACCAGGAAGGAGGAAAGAACCCUCAUCAGUCGCUUCAUCCAAAGAGAAUACGACCAGACCCGGUCCCUGGCGGACAAGAAGAGGAUAGUCCUCGGGAUACAGGGGGAGCUGGCGGCCAGUGGGAGGAGGCACACGGAGCUGGCCAUUGUGAAAAAAUGGUCCGAUCUGAAAAGACGAAAUAUGGAUCGGAUCUCUAAGAUCAGGGACUGGAGGUGCCCAGGAGCUCCACUCCCCUCUGUAAGGAGAAGGAGGGAGGCAGAGGAGGAAGUGAAGUUGAAGGAAGAGGAGGAGGAUGAAGAAAAUGAUGGUGAGGUGGCAGGCCCAUCACAUCAGUCACCACAAACAGCUUCACCAACUGAAAUGUGGGAUAACAUAAAGGUUGAGGCGGAAGAGGAGCCGUGUUCCCUCCCCCCAGCUCCUGAAAAGGAAGUUCCCCACUGCCCCCGCCAGGAGGUUAUGUCAGAAUUGUCAAAUGAGAUAAGUCAGCUGCAGCGGGAGACCACUGCUGAGAUUCAGUAUAUGAAGAAGAGGAUGGAAGAAUUUGAGAGGAAACAAAAAAAAAGGCUCCAGAAACUGAUGGACCUCCAAAAAAGGUUAACAGAGUUGCCUUAGGGCAUGUUUUUUUGUUUUUUGUUUUUUUGU